AUGAUGACGCCUCCUCGCGAACAACGAUUGUCUCAUUGCCGAUCCCAUUUCGAAGCUCAAAUACAACCACAACAAUCCAUUGACUGCGCUACAGGAGCAUUUUAUGAAUGUGGCAGAUCCGACAACUUGUCCCACAUCGGUUUUUACUACAAUGACGUGAAAUCCACACGUACCGGUAGCAACAGCAACUUUGACACGGAACCCAUCAUGUUCGGGCCCAUUUUGGUUGCCAACAUCUAUAGCAAGUUGGAGCCACCUUUGCUCGUCAAAACUGACAGCACGGUGGCAACUGCCUCCUCCGUUGAGCCUAUCUUUGCUCUCUUUGGCUCCAAUUCCGACAACAAACUGCUCCUCUUUGGAGCCAACAUAGUGCAAAGAGGGGAGACAACAUUCUCCACCACCACCAACGACAAGAUUGCCAUCAAUUUGGCUUCUCACAGCCAAGCCACCUUCUACCUGCUUUUGGACACUUACUUUGGAGACAGAGGAGCAGCAAUGAUGCCCCAAUCCUUCCCUUCCAUAGACUGCAGCCAGCAUAUGCAUACCACCGACCAUACCAGCAACAGCAACAGCUCCUACCUGGGAAUCCUGCUGUAG